AUCGUUCUGACUCACAAUCUAGCUUGAAGAAUUGACUGUCGACCGCCAAAAAAAAACUCAGAGCAAAAACUACUCUCUCUCUCUCUCUCUCUCUCUCUCUCUCUCUCUGCAGAUUUGAUCAGAUGGAAGACGGAAAGGAGAAAAACUCUCCGUGGUUAUCGGUACCGCAGUUCGGAGACUGGGACCAGAAGGGAGUGAUGCCCGACUACUCGAUGGACUUCUCCAAGAUCAGAGAGAUGAGGAAACAGAACAAGAGAGAUCCGUCCCGAGCCAGUCUCGGCAACGACCAAGACCUUCUCGGCCCUCAACCCGCCGCCGCCGCGGCUAAGCUGACGACAGUUCAUCACGUCGACAAUAAUAAUCACCACCCACAUUCUCCUUCCACGAGGAGAAGCAUUUUCAGCUACUUCAACUGCUGUGUCAAAGCCUGAAUGGCUUGAAAUGGGACCAUUUUCACGGGCAAUGCGAUUCCACGGCCAAAAUCCCCAAUUCAAUGACGCUAGAGAUUUAUGUAUUGUCAAAAAAAAAAAUGCAGUGAGUUACUUUUUUUUUUUUUUCACCAGAAUCGGUGUUUAUAGUAAAUAAUUAUCUCUAUGGCUGAAGUAAUUUAGUUUACGUUGUGCCAAGAAGAAUAUCCGAGAGAAUUAAUCACAACUUUUUAGAUUUUACUAUAAGUA